AUGCAUGAUCGAUUCUGGCAUAAUAGCUCGACUUGGACUCCAUCAAACAUCGAGCGCCACGUUGGUCAUCCUCGACGCUCCUCCACUCCAAAGUCAGAAACCCGAUCACCGGCCAAUGAAGCGACCCAGAAGCCACAUUUUAUUUUCGAACUUUCUACGACUCCGAUAAUUGGAAAAACGUUUGUGCUGCGUGAUGGACCGGCUCCACGAACACAGGGUCGUCAAUAUAUUGGAGUGAGGACAAGAGAGGAGGCUGAGAAAAUGGUUCAAUUGCUGGCGACUUUUCGCUUCUACCAUCAGCUACCCGAUGACGGCUGGCCUGUCGAGGAUGCUCUCAAGCUGCACGUUUGUUAUCGAGCCGAAGACGGGAAAUAUUCUCACUUGCGCAUCCUCAAGCAGCAAUGUGUUGAUGGUGGUGUGACCCGAGAAAUGUUCUACGUCGAGUCGCGUCGUUUCAAUCAACCAAACAUCUCCUUUCCGAAUAUUGACCAGCUCAUCAAAUAUUAUUCCACCUAUGUUCAUCUAAGGAAAUCGAGCCAAACGAAUAAAGUCGAAGUGGAAGUCUUCGAUACGACUCCGUCUCAAUCAUUUGAAGAUCUGCUUGAAGAAAUGGCAGAAAAUCGAAAGGAU